AUGUUUACGGAUGCUUUUUCCCAUUUACCAUUUAAGGAAAAAUCUCUUGUCCCAACUGAGCUACUGCACAAAUAUCGAUUGAUUAUUGUCUGGGAUUUAUUUGUCUGGUACCUCCCUUGUUGCCAGCCUCCUUCGUGGUGGGGAGGAGGACUAGCCGGCCCGGCCGUCUGUGCGCUCGUCUGGUAUGUGCAUGCGGCCAAAUGUGUUCCUGUGCGCCUGAUAUGUCGGUAG